CCGCGUGAGGCUUUCACUGGCAGCCACUAUAAAAAAAUAAAAAGCCAUCUUUGCAUUGUUCCCGCACCAGCCUUCUUACCUUCGUCUCCCGGGAUCUACCUGUACUUUAUUUUAUUUUUUUUAUAUACAUAUAAAUAGAUUAUUUUACUACAUCGACAAUGUCAGACACAGUAGUGGACGCCAGUGUGGAGAAGACCACCAAGGGCUUGAAAGCAAAAGAAAAGGAUCUAGUAGAAGAAACAGAAAACGGAAAGGAUAAACCAGCUAAUGGUAAAGCUGAAAAUGAUGAGAAUGAAGAGCAGGAAGGAGAAAAUGAAGUUGAUGAGGAAGAAGUGGACGAUGACGACGACGAAGUAGAUGGAGAUGAAGAGGAGGAGGAAGAUGAUGAUGAAGGUGAAGGCAAGAGAGCAGCUGAAGAUGACGAAGAUGAAGAAUAUGUUGUCACAAAGAAGCAGAAAACUGAUGACGACGAUGAUUAGAGCAAGAGCCGUCCCCUGUCAAAAAAUAAUUCUUAUAUAUGACCCUUCGCCGCCUCCUCCCAACAUGCUAAAUAUAUGGUCACUAAAACUGUGUCCGUCCCAUUCCUACACACAGGGUCCCGUGGCCCCCUCCUCCGUCCGCACAGGAGACAGCGUCUUAGACGCCAUUUACAAUGUCCUGGGUGCAACACAGCAUUUUUUUUUUCAAAAUGCUGACCUGACUCUCCAUACGAGAGUUAACCCAUACACUGCCAGAGCAGGCUACAUCAUUAGUAGCUCUCUUGGGUCCUGAAAAGGUUUAGGGGGUGAUAUUCACAGCAAGAAGGGUUAUUUUGUUUCCUUUUUUAAAACACUUAACUGGGAAACAAGGCUCUAGGAAGGGGGUCCUCCUUUUGCAUUUUUUAUUUACAUUUUAUAUUUUUGUACAUAUUGGUAUACAGCUGUCCUCUUUUCUGUACCAGGGAUAAAGCUGACAGGGUGUGGGGGCUUAUAAAAAAAAAAAAUUACACACCAUUUUUUUUCCCUACUUUAAUUGCUAUUUGUAUUGUUAUGCGGAUAAAACCCCAAUGUGUUUGUUUUUUUCUUUUGGGGGGAGGGGGCGGUGAGAGAGGUGGAGUAAGACAGGGCUGUUUCUUCUCCCAGGGCAAUGUAUGGAGAAGUCUUUACAGAAAAAAAAGUUGUUACAAAAAACCCUAAAUAAAUAAGACAAAAUCCCUGUAUAAGAAAAAAAAAAUAUUCUGAUCAUUCCAGUAACUCUUUAUUUUAAUUUUAUUUUUUUAGCAUAUUUUUAGCUGUACUUUAGAUGGGUUUGGAUGAGAAAAAUGGCCAAAGAUUUAAUAUUUUUUUUUUUUUGUUCUGUCUUUGAAGUUGCUGUUUAUUUUGUCAUUUCUUGGCCUGGCUGGAUGUGUGUGCAGUAUUGUCAAUAAAACUGCAAUUUUAUUUUGCAGGCUUUUCUUUUGUUCUAA